UUUAGCUUUCUUCGAUGACUGAACCUGCUGCACCUGCAAACAUACUUAAAUGGGUCAACGAACAGUAUCCACGUCCAGCUUUAGAUCCAGUUUGGCUUCGCGACUGUUGCUCAUGGAUCGCGUCUUCAUACUCCCUUUCUCCAGCUGACUUUCCACAGUUUAGUUCCCAUGUAACUUCUCAAUUUUUACAGUCCAGCCUCGCAGAUUCCACCCUACCGAACACUGGCCUCCCACAAAAUAUCCGUACUAUCAAAAGGGCUCGUCUUACAGGUCAUCCGUGUCUUGUAGAGAUCCGUGCCAUCAGCGACAUUGGCAUUAGUGCGUUUAGCUUGAUGAACGUGAGGCAAAAUCGCAUGGAUCGAGCGGACUUGGCUGGCCUUGUCAGGGAGGAUGAAGAGGACGCAGAAGAGGACGAGGGCCCAGUCCCAAAGUAUCCGAGAGGCAUGCUGCGUCUCGAAUUAAGCGAUGGUUUCACAACCGUCGAGGCUGUGGAAUAUCGUGCUAUACCACAGCUUGAACUUGGCGUCACUCCGCUGGGGUACAAGAUCCUCUUGAAGGACGUACAGAUUCGUAGAGGAAUUAUCUUCCUUGAACCCCAGACGAUUGAGCUGAAAGGACAUCAAACAGAGGACCAUGAGGUAAUGCAGGAUGAAAUCUUCCUGCGCAGCCUAAGACGGAGGCUUGGACAACCCGACCCAGAACCCAAUCCACAACCUCCUGGUGAAGCCGAGGCUCCGCCGCAGGCACUCCCACUUUCUAGUGUUCCAUCUCCUCCUGUUGCUAACAGACGGCCUGUUGGUAAUCCACCCGAAGGUUCAACAUCCACCAAUACCGCAACCCCAGCAGUUCGAUUGAAACCCUUAUCUACUGCAGCGCAGAAAACGAGCUUAGCACGAGCAGCCCCGAAGUCGAACUCUAUCCCUCCUUCCACCUCGUCUACCCUUGUCUCAUCCUCUAAACCAACCUCUUCGCUCAAGCCUCCCUCUGCUCCAGGUAAUCUUGCGUCGACCACCUCGCCAUACUUUUCUACAUCUUCUACACUGUACACCUCAGUCCCUUCGUCAUCAACCUCGGACAGGACUAAUCCACGAGAUAAUCCCUCUGCCCCACUGGCACGGGCUCGGAUCCUUUCCCCCGCACCACGGGAUGCCACGUGGAGCUUGGAUGACGAGGAAUUCGAGGCUUUCAUAACUGAGGUUGGAUCAGCGCCUAUCUCACCUCCAAAGCCCAUAUCCAAGCUGCCUUCAAAGCGAAAUGUUCCAUCCGCAAAACCUGCGUCACCACCCCGUGCCCCGUCACCACCCUCAGAUUACGAUUUAGAUUUGAUGGACCUAGACAUCGAUGAUGAACUGAUUGCCCAAGCGGAGAAAAUAGAGGCAGAAGCAUUAGCGACAGUUUCUAAGUCACCAGGCACGAAAGGCUUAGGUUCUGAUAUACGAGACAUGCGUCAAAUGAAUGCUUUGCGGGCGACGGGUCCACGCCAUCAAGGUGUCCAAGGAAUGACGACGGUAUCUGGCUCAUCUCGACCGUCCGCAGUUCCAGCCGUCAGCACAAUGACAUCACGUCCUCGAAUCGGUCCAGCAUCGGUCCAACGCCAGCCCACAAACUCCACCCGGCGUAGGGCACCGGGCCCUGCUUCCGCGCGACGUCAAUAUACUGCGUCCACGUUGCAGCAAGAUGUCAUUGACGUCGAAUCAGAUGAUAGCAUGUAUGUGGACGACUCGGACGAUGGAAAGGAGAAUGUUCCAACACGGACGCGGGUGGUAGUCGAUGAGGAUAUAAUUGUGAUUUCUGAUUAGAUUUUUUUGAUCAAGCAACUUCUUAGUUGUGUGCAUGUGCUGUUCCUUGGUCAAUUAUGUC